AUGGCCGUGUUGCGCUGGGGAAUGCUCGGAACGAGCUUCAUCUCCGACGUUGUCGCCCGCUCCAUCCUCGCCAGCCAAAACUCCACCAUCACCGCAGUCUUCGGGCGCAACGAAGACCGCCUGACAGCAUUCGCCGAUAAACAUGGCAUCCCAGAGCGAUACACUUCUAUCGAUGACCUGCUCGACAAGGCUGCGGUAGACGUCGUGUACGUCGGUCUGCCCAAUCAUAUGCACACCCCCGCAGUGCUGGCAGCUGCUAAGCGAGGCAAGGCGAUACUGUCUGAGAAGUCGCUUGCGACGACGAUGGAGGAUGCCAAGGCGAUUGGGAAAGCUGUGAAAGAUGCAGGUGUUUUCUUCUUGGAGGGGUUGAUGUAUCUUACUCAUCCGUUGAUGAAGAAGACGCAGGAAUUGCUUCUUGAAGGCAAGAUUGGGACGGUGAGGGGUGUAUCGGGGUAUUACUCUGCGAAUAUCUGGAAGAAAGCGAAUCCUCUGAGCAUGGGAACUAUCUACAAUCUGGGCUGUUAUCCAGUCUCACUUCUGCACUUCGUUAUCGAGACAGCGUUUGGCAGCGAUGCCUUUGCAAAGCGUCAAUUGCACGGCUUCGGCAACAUCUCAACAGAGGGCAGUGUCCACGUCCGCGACGCAUCACUGACAGUCCGCUUCGACAACGGCGUUCUUGCAAGCUUGCAGUCAACAGACAGCUACGGCAACGACUCAUCCUUCACGAUUCUCGGUGAUAAAGGCAGGAUCAGGUUCAUCACGAACCCUUGGUUGCCAAUUGCAGGCGACAACAUCAUCGAGCUCAAAACCUACAGCGGUUCAGCAGAACAAAUCAUCGUACCAGCAGACAUGGACGCGUUUGGAUAUCAGGUGAAGAAGGUGGAAGAUUAUUUAUCCCGCGGUGUUAAAACAGCGGAACGGCCUUCGCCGAACGUUGAUCAGAGCGUUGAGAUCAUGGGACUAUUGACGGAGUGGGAGGCUUUGAUUCAGAGGCAGCAUAAAUGA